UGACAGAGCACCAGCGGAGGCAGCCCCUUAUCCCUCUCAGUGCGCAGCCUCCGCUCAGUCUUCUGCUGGCAGGAGGGAUGCAGACAGACCGUGAGCCUUAGAAAGCCUCCAUUCAUCCAUCCAUCCAUCCCCUGAGAGCGCACGUCCUGACACACACACCGCCGCGCGCUCCCAGGAUCACCACCAGCGGGGACCAUGCCGGUGGAUUCCACAAAGGAGGAGAGGACUGCGCAGAAGGAUGUCAGGACGGUGGCGGCUGAGGCAGGUUCAUCUCCAAUUGCUUCCACCGCAUCGACCCCGAGUAGUGACUCCACCACCCCCAAGUGUUUGAGCCCAUUAGAGGAAUCUCCAUUGGUGAGCCCAGCAUGUGCCCCCAGCAUAGCCCUGGUGACUCCAUGCCUUCAGGCCAAAGAAGGGCACAGACCUCAGCCGGAGGGUGCAAGCAGUGAGCUGCCCAUUGGGAACACCAUUCUGCAUCUUCCUUCUAAGAUCUCUGAGGAGUCACCUGUGACCCAAGAAGAGUCAGAGGAAACUGAGCAGCAUCGUCCUGAAGACGUUCUACACCCGGACACUCUGGACACUAGAAUUGUGAUGGGGGAAGAAACAUCAUGUAGCCCUGAGGAAAGGGGAAGUAUAAAUAGGUUGCACACAAUGAUUCCUGAGAGGGAGAUGGUGUUCGGGGAUGCUUUGGAGGAGGUAACAUUGCACUUAGGUUCUAAAGUUGAAGGGAAUUCAGGACAAGAAAGCGACAAAGCCAUUGUGUCCGACUCCACUGACGAUUUGCACUUUGAGGCCCACGGAGAGUUCACAUUGAAAGACGACUUAUUUUCUCAGGGUGAAUCUGUAGCUGAUGUGCCUUCAUUUCUCAGACCCACCAAAGAGUCACCCUGCAGCUCCACAGGCAGUGAUGUCCACUUAUUACAAGCUAAGCCUGUGAGUACCGCUGACUCAGACCCGUACACCACCGCUCCAUCCACCCCGGUAAAGACCGUGUACAGCCAAUAUAAACAUCACGCCUACUCAAAGACCCACCUCAGCGAGGAGCACAAUGACCCAGAUUACGACAACAUGUCUUCUCCUCCAACAUCACCUUCAGGAUCCUACGUCACUGCAGAAGGAGGUAGCUGGGCCUCCUCGGCCACCUCCAGUGGUUCUCCUUCAAGUUCCCCAAAUUUGAUGGCUGAGGUGGACACUAUUGAAUCUCCCACCCCUUAUCCAGACCACAUGGUGGUUCAUGAAGAAAGUCUAUGUGAAGACCCUUGUUGUAUGUCCCCUGACAUAUUAGAAGACGAAGAUAUUCCAGAACUGUAUGACAGAGAUAUAGACCCUGAAGACUUCUCUCCAGCCAAUGAGGAUUUCAUAGAUGGGUAUCCUAGUGACAUCCAUUCUAGUGAAGAGGAAGACGAUGAAGAUGAAUGGGAGACAGACUUUGCCCCAUCUUUUACGAGCAUCCCUCUCUCUCCUGAAUUCAUGAGCCCGGUGUCCUCAGUCACCACCCAUGUGCAGGAGCCUCAGCAGGUGUCUCUUGCAGGAUGCUCUGCAAAUGUGGUGAGUUCCCUAGAAUCUGCGGCAAGCCAGCAGGAGUUCCACCGGGUGAGCCUGCCAAGCACCGAAAACGAUCACAUGAUUCCUGCUUUUAUGCUUCCGUUCCGGGGAAGUUUAAUAUUCGAGGCCGAGUCGAUGGAGAUCACGUUAUUUCCACAAGGAGAAUCAGCAGAAAGCGAGGCAAUCGAUGGAGAAGAGAAAGAAGAAGAAGAUGCUGAGGAUGAUGAAGAUGAUAGCACCUCAGCCUCGUAUCUUCAUUCACUGUCCGAGACAUCGAUCAAUGAAGGGGUAGACGAAUCAUUUGCUUACCAAGAUGACACCUCAGAGUCCUCAGACUCAGCCUCGUAUGAUGGAGAAGAGGAUGAGAAACGUUAUGGCACAGAGGAAUACGCUGUGACAACACCUGCUGCUGCUCAAAGCACAGAGGGCCCAGUGGAGGGCCAAAAUGACUCCUCCAACUCUGGCUGUGAGAGCGAGAUGGAGACAUCGUCUGAUCUGUCCGACUCUGAUGAUGAAUGUGCAGUGUUUACCGCUCUGGACAUGAACGGUGAAGAUCUUGGAAUUGAAGAACAAAUUGUCAAAGUCGGCGAAACUGCAAAUGAAGAGAGAGAAGUUGGAGAAGAACCUGAUGAAGGAGUUGGAUUAUCUCAUCUAGCACAAGGCUUUUCUGAAGUUCCUUCCAUCAUUCAAGACAGCUCCAGGGAGCUUGAAGACUCAAGAGCCAGCAAAGCCCCUCAAGAAGUUUGCGAAGAACCUAUAAGAAGCACCUUAGUUCUUACAACAGAAGCCGAAACGCAACCCAGUUCUGAAUUACCCCAGAAACUAAAAGAUAGAGAAGGAGCCAUAAGGACAUGGUCUGAUAGUCCUGUAGAACAACAAUCAUCCUCAUCAUCCUCUGAAAUGGACCAUAUCCUUCGAGCAGGGAUCGGCAAUGUUGGAGAAUGCUUGAUCGCUUGUUUUGACACUGAUGAAGAGCUGGACACGCUGCCCCCUCUGUGCUCCACAACACGGACUCAACAAGAUGACAGGUCACAUGAUGAUCAUGAUGGAAGGAGGACAUCCAUGGCAGUGCAGCUCGCUGAAGAUAGAAAUUACUUCACAGUGAAAUGCGAAAAUAAUGAAGACGCCAAAAUAUCUGGUGAAGAGGAAAGUGAUGUCUCCCAAGGACUGGUGUGUAGUAUAGACACUGAUGAAAGGGAUUCGAGAUCUGUAGAAAUAGAAAGAACUGAGGAGGAAAGUGUAGAAGGUACAGCCGAUGAAGAGUUGUUUGCAUGCUACGAGUCUGAAGAAGACCCAGAAGAAGUAAAACCCUUGGACCGCCCUUCACUUCUCGCUCAAAUACAAAAACAACAAGAAGAAGCCGUUGGUUAUAUCACAGACCAGCUGUCCUGUAACAGGUAUGAAGAACAGAUGCAUCGUGGUGGAAGAACUAUAGAAGAUUCUGCAGCAACCAUAGCAGACAAUGUGAUUUCUGACAGAGGACAUGAUAGAUGCCACCAUUCCAAUACCGUAAAAACUAGUAUAGAGGGAUCCGACUUGACAUUGGUUACUGCAGAUAUUACAGAGGACUCUUCUAGCUCAAUGACACAUGAAACAUCUUCUAAAUUAGUUGACAUUAAGUCUACAUCCAGUAAGGACCAAAAUGACUUGCAGACUAAAGAAAGCAUGUCUUCUUGUGAGGGAGCUGAGGACAUUCUUAUAGCAGAUCAUCACACCAUAUCUCCACCAUCACCUUCAAAAACUUCAGAGGAUCCUGCAGAUCAAGUAGUAAAGUCCGGGGAACAAAAUGAUCAACACACGAGUAACGUGGAUCUGGAGAGGUUUAAAAUAUCUCCUUAUUCUUCAGAAAGGGAAUUGUUGACUGUACGUUCUUCAACACCCAAUGAGCCAGUAACGGAGGACAACCAAGGAGCCGGCAGGUGCCACCUUCCUGAAACAAGAGAGAUAGACGAGUCUGGUGAUUUACUUGACCGCCCUGUUUUUAAGGAGCCACCAGACAGGGAGGAUGUUCUUCAAGUGGAGAAAAAUGAAAAGAGUCAAGAGUCUCCUGAAGGUUUUAUCAAUGAACCUAAUAACAACUUCCUGCAGAGCAGUCAUUCAGACAUCAGCUUUUCAUAUGAUAGAGUCCCCAGUGUUUUAAAAGAAGCCGAACCUGAAGAAGAUGGUCAACUCAACAUAAACAAUCCAUCUGAGGGCGACAACUUAGAAAAUGUAUCCACUGCUGAAGACCAUCAAGACUCAUGUAUAUUAUCAACCAUAGAAGACAACAGAGAAGCUGAACAUAACCACCCAACACUUAUAUCCUCUUUACUUCAUCCAAAUCUUCUCUGCACUAAAAGUUCAUGCGAAAAUAAUAGUUCAGAAAAUCACAAACUCCUGAAAACCACCCAGACGUGUACAGGAGCCAAAGAGCAGGUGAAGCUGUUAGAUAACAAUGAGUCACAAGACAAGAACAAGGUGUGUAGUCCAACCUUGGAAGAAUCUUCAUCUAACAAAAUUCGGCAACUUGAACAAACCCAUCACAAACUAACAAAUACGUUACCCAAAUCCAACAAUCCAACAGGAGCAAUGUGUACAGAACCAAGACCGUGUGACCACAUAAGACAAGAAGCCCUUCCGCCAUCUGCCAGUGCCUUGCCAGGGUUACCGUCCAAGCCAAGAACCAACAAAAUGGAGAUGUCUGAAGACCUCCAAGAAAUGACCAAACUGCUACAAGGUUCAUUUGGUAAGCUGGAGGCGUUGGAUCUUAGUAUGAGGUCAAGUUCGUCAGAGACCAAUGCUUCCAUCACUAAACCCACCAAGAUGAAGCAUAGUAGAGAUGAGGUUGUAGCUCAACCAGUGAAGGAUGUAGAGUCCAAAACACAAAAGGUUGGAUUUACUUGUGAUACGGUAAAACAACCAAGGGUUGAGCUAAGACCGGAAACGCCAUUGAGGUCUGACAAGGUAGAAAGAAAUUCCUCUAAGGACAAAAAAGUUUUGGACAAGGUCUACCCUAAGUCCGAAACGUUACACGAUCACUCAUCCCAUGAGGUAAAGAUAGCAGAAGACAACCCUGGACGGGACCUGCAUAGUGGGUUCACUAAGGACCAGAGGACCUCCAACCUUCUCAGCAAGAGACAGACAACUAAUGACCACUGGGGUAGGCUGCCGAAAGCGGACAUUGAAAGUGACUUAAGCCUGCAUGUAGCCCCCAAAACCGAAGUCGCUCUAUCCUCAACCACAGAUGUAAGUAAAGUGCCUCCUGUGAAACCUUCACCCUGCCUGCCUGACGGGAGUCCUCAGGAUCAAAAGAUAGUCAGGCAUCCGGCUGCUUCUGAAAACCGGGGUUCCAAAAAGUUUUCAUCAGCAGCAUCUGAAGGCAGCUCCACGACCCCGAAUGUGAGCGCAGAGCCCCCCAUUACCAGCCGCUGUCCAAGGGCCCCGCAGAGCCAAGAACAGGCCGGAAAGAAACCCCCACUAACUUGCCCCCCGUCCGAGCCCAGCUCCUCCAGCGACAGCGAGCUGACAUCUCGAGGGCAAGAGAUGACCCUGCUGCGGGAGACGUCUGCAGUCAGCCUGCUGGGCAUCAACAAACCCCUUCUGGGGCAACGAGGGUGCGAGACGCUAAGUCACAGAGGUUCCUGUAAUGAUACAGAAAGUAAUGAUGAAUCCCUCCCCGAACUGGAAGAAGCAGAUCUGACCGAACCGCGCUCAUCCUCCAGCCAGAACCAGCUGGCGCAUUGUUUGGGCUCCGGAGAGGAAUCCAUCAGUAAGGCCAAGCAGAGUCGGAGUGAGAAGAAGGCCAGGAAGGCGAUGUCCAAGCUCGGCCUCCGGCAGAUACACGGCGUCACCAGGAUCACCAUCCGGAAAUCCAAAAACAUCUUAUUUGUGAUAACCAAACCGGACGUAUUCAAGAGUCCUGCAUCCGACAUCUAUAUCGUGUUUGGGGAAGCCAAGAUUGAAGAUCUCUCGCAGCAAGUGCACAAAGCGGCCGCCGAGAAGUUCAAGGUCCCGAUGGAGCAUUCGCCGCUGAUCACGGAGACGGCGCCCACCCUGACCAUCAAAGAGGAGAGCGAGGAGGAGGAGGAGGUGGAUGAAACGGGACUAGAGGUGCGCGACAUCGAGCUGGUGAUGGCUCAGGCCAACGUGUCCCGGGCCAAGGCGGUACGAGCGCUGAGACACAACAACAACGACAUCGUCAACGCCAUUAUGGAAUUAACCAUGUAGCUGCCGGGCUGCAUGUGAUUCUGGAGGCUUCGCCCAAACACACCAGUAUAGAUGCACAGCUAUUCAUUAACUGCCUCUGUAUUAGACCUGCAUAUACUCCUACUAGGAUGCACCGACAAAGCUGCUCAAUAAACCUUGCCUGAUACA